UCAACGUGAAGGAGCUCUUCUCCCUGAAAGACCUGUUUGAUGCCCGCGUGCACCUGGGUCACAAAAAGGGGUGUCGGCAUAGGUUUAUGGAGCCCUACAUCUUUGGCUGUCGCCUGGAUCAGGACAUCAUUGACUUGGAUCAGACGAUGCAGCACCUCCAGCUGGCCCUCAAUUUCACUGCCCACAUCGCUUACCGCAAGGGCAUCAUCCUCUUCGUCAGCCGCAAACGCCAGUUCUGCCACCUGGUCGAGACCACAGCGCGGGAGUGCGGGGAGUACGCCCACACCCGCUACUGGCAGGGCGGCCUGUUCACCAACGCCCACAUCCAGUUCGGGUCUGGCGUCCGCCUGCCCGACCUCCUCGUCUUCCUCAGCAGCCUCAACAACAUCUUUGAGCCCCACGUGGCGAUCCGUGAUGCUGCCAAGAUGAACAUCCCCACGGUGGGGGUGGUGGACACAAACUGCAACCCCUGCUUGAUCACCUACCCCAUCCCGGGGAACGACGACAGCCCCACCGCCAUGGAGCUCUACUGCAGGCUCUUCAGGAUGACCAUCAUCCGUGCCAAGGACAAGCGGAGGCAGAACGAGGCCUUUGACGAGCUGCGGAGCAAAGCACAGGCAGUUAGAGCCCUAGGGACAGGCUCAGCCAUGCCCAGCAGCUCCUGA